GCGGUCUACGGGCGGCCGGGAGCGCGCGGUGGACUCGGCGGCGGCUAGUAGUUAGUUAGUUGUUGUUAGUCAGUGUCAGUUGCUCGGCGGUGGCGGCCGCGGUCACCAGGAAGGGUACUGGACGGCCGGCGAAGGUAGUCACCGCGGCGGCGUGUGAGCCCCUCAGUAUCUGCCUAAACUGGAAGUUAUGCUGUAGAGAUUUCUUUGUGGAUUUGUCUGAAAACCUAAGCCAGAAGGUGGCCAUCUGCAAGCCAGAAAGAGAGCUCUCAUCAGAACCUGACCGUGCUGGCACCCUAAUUGAAGACCUCCAGCCUCCAGAACUACCCUACUGCCCUAGGUUAAGAACUCUUGGAUUAAUAUAAUGGUGUUAGCAGAAGUCGUAUUGCUGUGGACUGGAGAGGGAAUUUGCGUGAGGGCAGAGACGAAAGGGAGGACACCAUAGGGAAAAGAAUAUUUGAGGUCCAUUCCUCAGGAAAGAAAAGGAAGCAAUGACAUAAUGCCUAGAGUUGGUGCCAGUUAAACUGGUAAACAUUGCUAUCUUCAGAAAAUAAGUUAAGGAAUGAGAGGCAAGGAAGAAAGGACAUUCAUCUUGGAAGGACCCAAAGCACUUUGAAAUUUAAAUGAAUGUAAUGAUAGCUGCUAAAACCGCCCUUGUCACCAAAAUGGAUGAAGUACUUCAAAUUUAAAUGCCUCCUUCUCCAGAGAAAAUGCUCUAUGAGGUUGGUGAAUAUAUAUUCUUAUAUUGAUCACACUUACAAGAGCUGCUAUGAAACAUAGGGGAGGUGAAAACUAACAGAUGAGAGUUUUGCCAUGCACUGAAAGGAAAGCGUUGUCUGUGAAGUUCUAUUUUUAAAAAUGUCUGCUUGUAAUACCUUUACUGAACACGUUUGGAAACCUGGUGAAUGCAAGAACUGCUUUAAACCUAAAAGCUUACAUCAGCUCCCCCCAGACCCUGAGAAGGCACCCGUCACCCAUGGCAAUAAAACUAAUGCCAAUCACAGUAACAACCACCGAAUCAGGAACACCGGAAAUUUCCGGCCUCCUGUGGCUAAAAAACCCACUAUAGCUGUGAAACCCACUAUGAUGGUGGCAGAUGGGCAAAGUAUGUGUGGUGAGCUUAGUAUCCAAGAACACUGUGAGAACAAACCUGUCAUCAUAGGAUGGAACCGAAACAGGAUGGCCUUGAAUCAGAAACCACUUAAUAAUAAUAAUGAAGAUGAUAUUGAAGGAUUUAGCCAUGUUCCUAAGCCUUAUGGGAAUAAUGAUAGUGCAAAGAAGAUAUCAAAUAACAAUAGUGGACUAACUGAGGUGUUAAAGGAGAUAGCAGGCUUGGAUACCACCCCUCCAAUAAAAGGAAAUGAAACAAACUCCAGAGAAACAUUCUUAGGAAGAAUAAAUGAUUGCUAUAAACGAUCACUGGAAAGAAAGCUUCCACCAAGUUGCAUGAUGGGUGGCAUAAAGGAUACUCAGGGCAAGCAUGUUAUUCUGAGUGGGAGCACAGAAGUGAUCAGUAAUGAAGGGGGUCGGUUCUGUUACCCAGAGUUUUCUAGUGGCGAAGAGAGUGAGGAAGAUGUGCUUUUGAGUAACAUGGAGGAGGAGCAUGAGAGCUGGGAUGAGAGUGAUGAAGAACUGCUGGCCAUGGAGAUUCGCAUGAGAGGGCAACCUCGCUUUGCCAACUUUAGGGCAAACACUUUGUCUCCUGUGCGAUUCUUUGUGGACAAAAAAUGGAAUACUGUCCCCCUGCGAAAUAAAUCUCUGCAAAGAAUCUGUGCUGUAGACUAUGAUGACAGUUAUGAUGAAAUCCUGAAUGGUUAUGAAGAGAAUUCUGUGGUCUCCUAUGGACCAGGAAGCAUUCAGAGCAUGGUGUCAUCUGAGUCCACAUCCCCAGAUUCCUCUUUAACAGAAGAAUCACGUUCUGAGACAGCCAGUAGUUUAUCCCAGAAGAUUUGUAAUGUGGGAAUAGCUCCUGGUAACCCGGGAGAUUCUAAGGACAUGAAGGAAAGUGAGCCCAAUUAUGAAAGCCUCUCUGGUAAUAAUCAGGAGAAGGACUCAUCACAAGCAUCCAAAAGCUCAAUAAAAGUUCCAGAGACGCACAAAGCAGUCCUUGCUCUCCGAUUAGAAGAGAAGGAUGGCAAGAUUGCCGUACAAACUGAGAAGCAAGAAAGUAAAGCCCCUACAGAUAUUACUGGGCAAGCAGUAACAAUAAACCUCGUUCCUGUAGAAGAGCAAGCAAAGCCCUACCGAGUUGUGAAUCUGGAACAGCCUUUGUGCAAGCCAUAUACUGUCGUGGAUGUGUCAGCAGCCAUGGCCAGUGAGCACCUCGAGGGCCCUAUUAGUCCCAAGACGAAAAGCUCAUCUUCUACUCCAAACUCUCCAGUGACAUCACCUGCACUGACAUCAGGACAAAUAAGUGCCCAUUUCCAAAAAUCCAGUGCAAUCCGCUACCAGGAAGUAUGGACUUCCAGUACCAGUCCACGACAAAAGAUACCUAAGGUGGAAUUAAUUAGCGGUGGGACUGGACCAAAUGUCCCUCCGAGGAAAAACUGUCACAAAUCAGCACCUACUUCACCCACAGCUACAAACAUUUCCUCCAAAACCAUCCCUGUUAAGUCACCUAAUUUGUCUGAAAUAAAAUUUAAUAGUUAUAACAAUGCCGGUAUGCCACCUUUUCCAAUUAUCAUUCAUGAUGAGCCAACUUAUGCUCGGAGUUCCAAAAAUGCUAUCAAAGUUCCCAUUGUAAUCAAUCCAAAUGCAUAUGACAAUCUAGCCAUUUACAAAAGUUUUCUCGGAACAAGUGGAGAACUUUCAGUGAAGGAAAAAACCACAAGUGUAGUAAGCCAUACUUAUGAAGAAAUAGAAACUGAAAGCAAAGUGUCCGAUAACACCACUAGCAAAUCCACUGAAUGUCCCCAAGCUAAAGGGUUUUUAAACAGCACAGAGCGUAAAAGGGGUUCAGUGGCUCAGAAGGUUCAGGAGUUUAACAGCUGUCUUAACAGAGGUCAGUCCUCACCACAGAGGAGCUACAGUUCCAGCCACAGCUCCCCAACAAAGCUCCAGAGAACCACUCAAGAACCUGUGGCCAAAACAGAAAGCACUCAGGAGUCUCAGACAACAAGCAGCAGCAGCACCAGGGAGAAAGCAAGUGCUGUGCUUUCUCAGAUUGUGGCUUCUAUCCAGCCCCCACAGUCUCCUCCAGAAAUGCCCCAGUCUGGCCCUAAAGCUUGCAGUGUGGAAGAGCUUUAUGCCAUUCCUCCCGAUGCCAGUGCUGCUAAGAGUACACCUAAGAGUACACCAGUCCGGCCCAAGUCUCUCUUCACAUCCCAGCCCAGUGGUGAGGCUGAAGCACCUCAGACCACAGAAAGUCCUACCACCAAAGUACAGAAAGAGCCACUCACAAAGCCAGUCACCACCCCUCCCUCCAAAUUAGUGACUAACCCCCAAAGUGAGCCACCACCCCCCUUUCCCCCACCACGCUCGACUUCCUCCCCUUACCAUGCAAGUAACCUUUUGCAGAGGCAUUUCACCAACUGGACCAAGCCAACUAGCCCUACCAGGUCAACGGAAGCUGAAUCAGUUUUGCACUCUGAAGGCAGCAGGCGGGCAGCUGAUGCAAAACCUAAACGCUGGAUAUCAUUUAAAAGUUUCUUCCGCCGUCGGAAAACAGAUGAAGAGGACGACAAAGAGAAAGACCGAGAGAAAGGGAAACUGGUGGGCCUGGAUGGCACAGUCAUCCACAUGCUGCCCCCUCCUCCAGUUCAGCGCCAUCACUGGUUCACAGAGGCAAAAGGAGAGUCCAGCGAGAAGCCAGCCAUCGUCUUCAUGUACAGGUGUGACCCUGCCCAAGGCCAGCUCAGUGUGGAUCAGGGCAAAGCCAGGGCAGAGCAGUCAGCAGUCACAGAGAAGGGUAGAGCAGAGGAUGGGUUACUACAGGACUCAGAGAAGAAGAAAAGGAGUCAUUCUUCUCCAUCACAGAUUCCUAAGAAAAUUCUCAGUCACGUGACCCAUGAAGUGACAGAGGAUUUUUCUCCUCGGGAUCCAAGCACUGUUGUUGUGAAGCAAGAUGGUGGGGGCUGUACUUCAGUCACACCGGCAUUGCCGCUGCCUGAACUGGAAAGGGAAGAGGAAAAGGGAGACAUUUCAGGUCCUAUGGACCUGAAUCCCUGUAGUGCGACAUACAGCAACUUAGGGCAAUCUAGAGCAGCCAUGAUACCUCCCAAGCAUCCACGGCAGCCUAAGGGAGCUUUGGAUGAUGCCAUUGCCUUUGGUGGGAAAACAGACCAAGAAGCACCUAAUGCUUCUCAACCUACACCACCCCCACUGCCAAAGAAAAUGAUCAUAAGAGCCAAUACAGAGCCAAUCUCCAAAGACCUCCAAAAAUCCCUGGAAACUACUCUUUGUGUCAUGGCUAAUCCCACCUAUGAUAUCGACCCAAACUGGGAUGCCAGCAGUGCUGGCUCUUCAAUCAGUUAUGAACUCAAGGGACUGGACAUUGAGUCUUAUGACUCCUUGGAGAGACCUUUGCACAAGGAGAGACCUGUGCCCUCAGCAGCAAACAGCAUCUCCAGCUUAACCACUCUCAGUAUUAAGGAUAGAUUUUCCAAUAGCACAGAGUCCCUGUCCAGCCGGCGUGGUCCCUCUUGUAGACAGGGCCGGAGUAUCCAGAAGCCACAGAGGCAAGCACUUUAUCGAGGACUUGAGAAUCGUGAAGAAGUGGUGGGUAAAAUCCGAAACCUUCAUACAGAUGCCUUGAAGAAACUGGCUAUUAAAUGUGAAGACCUUUUCAUGGCUGGGCAGAAAGACCAGCUCCGUUUUGGGGUGGACAGCUGGUCAGACUUCAGGCUAACCAGUGACAAGCCAUGUUGUGAGGCAGGCGAUGCAGUUUACUACACAGCUUCAUAUGCAAAAGAUCCACUUAAUAACUAUGCAGUCAAGAUCUGUAAGAGCAAAGCUAAAGAAUCGCAGCAGUAUUAUCAUAGCUUGGCUGUCCGGCAGAGUCUGGCUGUCCAUUUUAACAUCCAGCAGGACUGUGGUCACUUCCUUGCUGAAGUUCCUAAACGUCUGCUUCCCUGGGAGGACCCUGAUGCCCCUGAAGAGGAAGAGGAUGAAAUGGAAGCGACGGAAGAGGUGAAAGGAGGAACUGAUGGAAAAAGCCCAGAGCCCGGCUCUGAAGCAGAGUCAUCCCACAAAGAAAGCCAGGCAGUCGUUAGCAGGAAGCAGAGAAGCCACGUCGUGGUCAUCACCAGAGAGGUUCCCUGUCUCACCGUGGCCGAUUUUGUGCGAGACUCUCUAGCGCAGCAUGGGAAAAGCCCUGACGUGUAUGAGAGGCAAGUGUGUCUGCUGCUCUUACAGCUGUGCUCCGGCCUGGAGCACCUCAAACCCUACCACGUCACUCACUGCGAUCUGCGUCUGGAGAACCUACUGCUUGUCCACUACCAGCCCGGGGGACCCGCCCAGGGCCUUGGGCCUGCGGAGCCCGGCCCCACCUCUUCUUGUCCCACGAGGCUCAUAGUAAGCAACUUCUCUCAAGCCAAGCAGAAGAGCCAUCUGGUGGACCCUGAGAUCCUCCGGGACCAGUCCCGCCUCGCCCCAGAGAUCAUCACAGCCACCCAGUAUAAAAAGUGUGAUGAGUUCCAGACAGGCAUCCUCAUCUACGAGAUGCUGCACCUGCCCAACCCCUUCGAUGAGAACCCAGAGCUGAAGGAGAAGGAAUACACUCGAGCAGACCUGCCUCGCAUCCCACUCCGCUCCCCCUAUUCCCGGGGCCUGCAGCAGCUGGCCAGCUGCCUCCUGAACCCCAACCCUUCUGAGCGACUCCUCAUUUCAGGCGCCAAAGGCAUCCUCCAGUGUCUGCUCUGGGGCCCCCGGGAAGGCCUCUUCCAGACUUUCACUGCCUCCCCCAGCCCAGUGCAGAGGAAUGCCCUGCUCCAAAACUGGCUAGACAUCAAGCGAACACUGCUCAUGAUCAAGUUUGCUGAGAAGUCCCUGGACAGGGAAGGUGGCGUCAGCCUGGAGGACUGGCUUUGUGCUCAGUAUUUGGCUUUUGCUACUCCAGACUCCCUUAGCUGCGUCGUGAAAAUCCUGCAGCCCCGUUAACGUGUCCCAGUUGCUGCUCUUACUUCAUUGUCACCUUCUUCAAGUCGCUCACAUACUUCCCCUUCCUAGUACUCACACAGAAUUCAAGGAAAGGGGAGAGACAAGCCUUCCAUCCCCAUCCAUGAACAGAUGAGUCCACUCUGAAAGGUUGUCCUCAGCUCUAAAUCCAGUGAGACGCUGAGUCCCUCUUAACUUCACAGAAAGUCAGCCGCACAAACAUGCAGCUGUCUUCCAUGGGAAUGCCUUCCACCCUAACUGUCCCCCAAAUGCAGGGAAAAUGAAGACAUAUCCUUGAAGGGACAGCUCCUCUGGUUUGAACUCAGUGAGCUGGGUCCAGUUCCUCCAUAAUUCUGAACAUCCCCUGUCUUUUUAACACCGUGUGUUUAUUCUCACUAGCAAUAGACAGAGUUAACCAGUCCUUACCAUCAUCCGCUAAGCUCUCACAAAAGACUUUCUUCCUUUAAAGGAUCAAUAACUGACUCUCUUACCAGGCAGAACUGCCAUCCUUAGCAUCAGCCCAGUUUUGGUUCCGGGGACUGUAUCCUUUGUUCCAGGAGGAGUAGAAGGCCAAGGAGAGAUCCCAUCCUUUGGGUCAUGAACCCAUUUUCAUUUCUGUUAUCAAUAAGUGUGUGCACUGCAUGGAGGAUGGCCCUAACAGUCUCCCCUCUGCUGCCACUGCCUGAUUCUCCUUCACCUCUACUCUCUCCCCACUUGCCAAUGAAGUUUGGGUUUAUCGGCCACUUGUGGCCCAUUACAGAGCUGACCCAAGGUGGUGUCACCCGUGCCUCAGCAGGGUGGAGUGCAGUUCAGAUCUUAUAAAUAGCUGGCAGGACACAAGGAGGUGAUUUUCCUGCAUGUGCAAUUCUCUAGGGGCCAUCAGGGGAACAGAGUUUAAAGUACUGUUCUUUGAUUACUGUCAGAGCUGUCAACGUUGGCAGCCAGGGCUGCCGGUGCCCAGAUCACAGUUUUCCCUCGAGCAGUAAUUGGCCAGCUUCCUUCUGUCAGUAGCCAGCGUUAACUAGUCUACCAAAUGCUGUAGACAAUAGCCCUGCAUGAAACGGCUGUCAGUUGAGCUGUAAUGUCUCCUUAGAGGGCAUGGCGUGGCUGGCUAUUAGGAUGGCCAGAAGGCAGGGGAAGGGGAGAAGGCCGCUGAUGAGACUGCUGACCUCCUCCUCAGAAUGCCGGCCUUUUCUAGAGAGACUGCUUCCCAGUGCACAGGCACAUUGCUCCUUGUGACCCUCUGAAAUGGCUCUGGAGGACAGCUCCCAGGGAACUUGGAUUGCUGAGGUGGGCGGCUGAGAGCUGUUCACCAUACAUGGGGUCUGUGCUCCUCCUCUAUGGAUAUAUGUGCAAUUUUGGUAUGUAUUUUUUUUAGCUGUAUAUACAAUGUUUAUGUUGCAACUUCACCUGAAGCAAUAUCUCCAGAAACCCUCCCCUUCUUCCCUUGGCACAUAUUUGAGCUGAGUGACAUAUUUGAGCUGAGUGAUGAGUGUUCCUUCCACCGGGGUGUGUGUGUGUGUGUGUGUGUGUGUGUGUGUGCGCGCGCGCGU